AUGGAUGGGAGCACAGAAGCAGAGCCCUCGACCGGGGGCCCGCGCUGGGGGCCGGCGGUCCAUCACCGCUGGGGGCCGGCGGUCCAUCACCGCUGGGGGGGCCGGCGGGGGCCUCAGAUCCUCUGGUGCUACCAGGAGCUGUGCGCCCUCGCCGCCCAGCGCCGGGCCCGCCUGGAGCAGUCCCGCCGCUUCUGGAACUUCCUGUGGGAGGCGGCGGAGGUGGAGAGCUGGGUGAAGGAGAAGGAGCACAUCUUCUCCACCCUGGACUACGGCAAGGACCUGACCAGCGUGCUGAUCCUGCAGGGCAAACACAACGCCUUCGAGGACGAGCUGGGGGCGCGCCGCGCCCACCUGCAGCAGGUCCUGGCCCUGGGCGAGGACAUGGUCCGGGCCGAGCACUUCGGCGCCGCCGCCGUCGAGGGCCGCGGCGCCGACGUCCGCCGGCAGUGGCAGGAGCUGGAGGACCUGGCGGCGUUCCGCAAGCAGAGCCUCCAGGACACCCAGAAGUUCUUCCAGUUCCAGGGGGACGCCGACGACCUGACGGCCUGGCUGCUGGAGGCCAAGAGGCAGAUGGGCAGCCCGGAGGUGGGCACCGACGAGUACACCACCCAGCGGCUGCUCCGCAAGCACCGCGACCUGAGGAACGAGACGGCCAAGAACGGCGCCACCAUCGACGCGCUGAGCAGGCAGGCCCAGGCGCUGCCCGAGGAGCUGCGCAACACGCCCGACAUCCAGCGGCGCCUCAAGGACAUCCGGGAGCUGUACGUGGAGCUCAUGGCGCUGGCGGACGUCCGGCAGAAGGCCCUGGACGACACCAUGGCCCUGUACACGGUGCUCAGCGAGACGGACGCCUGCGAGCUGUGGAUGGGCCAGAAGGAGACCUGGCUGGUGGGCCUGGAGGUGCCCGACAAGCUGGAGGACCUGGAGAUCGUGCAGAACCGGUUGAGCAUCCUGACCAACGACAUGGCCAACGUCCAGUCGCGGGUGGAUGACGUCAACCAGGCGGUGCAGCAGCUGGAGGACAGCAGACACCCGCGCACCAAGGAGAUCAAGGACUGCCAGAUGCGCCUGAAUAAGAGGUGGGAGGCCUUCAAGGCGAUGGUGGAGGAGAAGAAGAGGAGGGUGGACUCGGCCCUCAGCCUCCACAACUACGGCGGUGACUGCGGCGAGACGGAGGCCUGGAUCAAGGACAAGACGCGCGUCAUCGAGUCCACGCAGGACCUAGGCAACGACCUGGCCGCCGUCAUCGCCAUCCAGAGGAAGCUGUUCGGCAUGGAGCGCGACCUGGCCGCCAUCGACACCAAGCUGAGCUUCCUGCGGAACGAGGCCGACCAGCUGGCCCGGGACCACCCCGAGCUCGCCGACGACAUCCGGGCGCGGCGUGGCCAGCUGGACGCCGCCUGGGACGCCCUGAAGAAGACCCUGAAGGACCGCGAGGACUCCCUGGGCGAGGUCAGCAAGCUGCAGACCUUCCUGCAGGACAUGGACGACUUCCAGUCCUGGCUCUUCAGGACCCAGAAGGCGGUGGCGUCGGAGGACGUGCCCGGGUCGCUGCCCGAGGCCGAGGCGCUGCUGAGCCUCCACGACGCGCUGCGCGACGACAUCGCCAACCACCGGGAGGACUUCCUCCAGGUGAAGGAGACGGGCGCCCGCGUCACCCAGGGCCAGGAGGACGACCCCCAGUACCAGCAGCUGGAGCAGAGGCUGAGCGGGCUGGACCGCGGCUGGAACGAGCUCCAGAAGAUGUGGGACAGCCGCAAGGACUUCCUGGACCAGGGUCUGGGCUUCCAGCAGUUCAUGAGGGACGCCAAGGCCACGGACACCAUUCUGAACAACCAGGAGUACACUCUGGCCCACGUGGAGAAGCCCGACACGCUGGCCGGGGCGGAGAAGGCCCUGAAGAAGCACGAGGACUUCCUGAGCACCAUGGGGGCCAACGAGGAGAAGGUGGAGGCCACGGUGAAGACGGGACAGAGGCUGCUGGACGCCGAGAACCUCUACUCCGGGAAGGUCAAGGACAAGAUGGCCUCCAUCACAGAAAGACAUAAUGCCAAUCAGAGGAGAGCCACAGAGGUUUCGGGAAAGCUAAAAGACAACCGAGAUCUCCAGCACUUCCUUCAGAACACUCAGGAUUUGACUCUGUGGAUCAACGAGAAGAUGCUGACGGCCCAGGACACGUCGUACGACGAGGCCAGGAACCUGCACAGCAAGUGGCUGAAGCACCAGGCCUUCAUGGCCGAGCUGGCCUCCAACAAGGGCUGGCUGGACAACAUAGACCAGGAGGGCCAGGAGCUGAGCGAGGCCAAGCCCGAGUUUGAGCCGCUGGUGCGGGAGCGCCUGGCCGAGCUCCACGCGCUCUGGAGCCGGCUGGAGUCCACCACGCAGGAGAAGGCUCGCCUGCUGUUCGACGCCAACCGCUCGGAGCUGCUGGACCAGAGCCUGGCCGACGUGAAGCAGUGGCUGGGCGGGCUGCAGCAGCAGCUCCACAGCGGGGGGGGGCACGAGGAGGAGGUCCGGGACCUGACCAACGCCAACAUCCUGCUGAAGAAGCACCAGGUGACGGAGAACCAGGUGCGGGACCGGGCGCGGGAGCUGGAGGAGCUGCAGGAGGCGGUCCAGAAGCACGGGGGGGCCCGCGAGGACCAGCCCGAGCUGGAGGCGGAGCAGAGGGCCCUCCAGGGGGCCUUCAGAGAGCUGCUCACCCCCCUGGCCCAGCGCCGCGACAAGCUGGAGGCCGCCAAGGCCAUCCACCAGUACUACCGGGACCUGGCCGACGAGCUGCUGUGGGUCGAGGAGAGGUUGCCGUUGGCAACGUCGCAGGAGCACGGCCACAACCUCCAGACGGUCCAGAUGCUGCAGAAGAAACACCAGACGCUGCAGAGGGAGAUCGAGGGCCACCAGCCCCGCGUGGACGAGGUCCAGGAGCGCGGCCGCAGGAUGGCCGCCGCCUCCAUCGCCGCCGCCGCCAUCGCCGCUGCCACCACCGGCGCCCCCGGUGGCGGGGAGGGGGAGGGCACCCCGGAGGCGCGGCGGAUCGCCCGGGAGGCGGGGGCCCUGGAGCAGGCCUGGGGGAGGCUGGGGGAGGAGAUGGAGAGGAGGAAGGAGCGGCUGGGCGGGGCCGACGAGGCCCAGCAGUACCUGAACGACGCAGAGGAGGCCGAGGCCUGGGUCGGGGAGCAGGAGCUCUACAUGAUCUCAGACGAGACGCCCAAGGACGAGCAGAGCGCGAUGCUGAUGCUGAAGCGCCACCUGCUCCUGAAGCAGGCGGUGGACGACUACUCUCAGCCAAUAAGGCGGCUGGCGGCACGCGCCCAGAGACUGCUGGCCGAGGACCACCCAGAGGGGGAGACGAUCGUCCGGCGCCAGGGCCAGGUGGAGCAGCAGUACGCGGGGCUGCGGGAGCUGGCGGAGGAGCGGCGCAGGAAGCUGGACCACACCUACCAGCACCACCUGCUGAGCCGCGAGGUGGAGGAGCUGGAGCAGUGGAUCGCCGAGCGCGACGUGGCGGCCUCGUCCCAGGAGAUGGGCCACGACCUGGACCAGGUCACGCUUCUGAGGGACCGGUUCCGGGACUUUGCGCGGGACACGGGCGUGUCGGGGCAGGAGCGCGUGGACCAGGUGAACGAGACCAUCGACGAGCUGAUCUCGGCGGGCCACAGCCAGGCCUCCACGCUGGCCGACUGGAAGGACGCCGUCAACGAGAGCUGGGCGGACCUGCUGGAGCUCAUCGACACGCGUGGCCAGCUGCUCAGCGCCUCCUACGAGCUGCUCAAGUACUUUGACGACGGCAAAGAGCUGGUGGUUCAGAUCCACGAGAAGCAGAAGGAGCUUCCCCAGGACGUCGGGGAGGACUUCGGGAAGGCCGAGACCUUCCACCGCAUGCACGCUGCCUUCGAGAGGGACAUCACCUCCCUGGACAAACAGGUGCACCAGUUCCAGGCCACGGCGGGCCGGCUCCAGGCCCAGUACGCGGGGGAGCAGGCGGGGGCGAUCGCGGCGGUGGAGAAGGCGGUGCUGGAGGCGUGGCGGGGGCUGCUGGCGGCGUGCGACGGGCGGCGGGCCGAGCUGGUGGACACGGCCGAGAAGUACCACUUCUUCACCAUGGUGAAGGACCUGCUGGGCUGGAUGGAGGCCGUGGGCCAGCAGAUAGAGACCCAGGAGAAGCCCCGGGACGUAUCGUCUGUGGAGCUGCUCCAGAAGUACCACCAGGGGAUCCGCUCAGAGAUCGAGGCGCGCGGGCCUAAGUUCACCGACUGCAUGGACCUGGGCCGGGCGCUGCUCACGCGGAAACACCGGGACUCUGCCGAGAUCAAAGAGAAGCUGGUGCUGCUGAUGGAGACGAGGAAGGAGAUGAUGCUGAGGUGGGACGACAGAUGGGACUGGCUGAGACUCUUGCUGGAGGUGUGCCAGUUCUCGCGGGACGCCUCGGUGGCGGAGGCGUGGCUGAUCGCCCAGGAGCCUUACGUGGCGAGCCGGGAGGUGGGCCACAGCGUCAACGAGGUGGAGAAGCUGCUGAAGCGCCACGAGGCCUUCGAGAAGUCCACCGCCAGCUGGGAGGAGCGCUUCUGCGCCCUGGAGCGCCUCACCACCAUGGAGCUGCUGGAGCUCCGGCAGCAGCAGCAGGAGAUGGAGGAGUUCAGGAAGGAACAGCUGGAGUCAGAGAGGGACAGCAGGAGAGAAGACACGGGCUUUGUGGAAGACUCUCAGCUCCUCACCACAGAGAGGCAGACCCUGUCUCCGUCGCCAUCGGGGGCGCUGGCGGGCGAGGCGGACGCGGACCCCAGUUCGGGGGUCCCGGACUCCACGGUGCUGCUGCUGUCGGAGUCCCUGAGGGAGAGCGGCUCCAUGGAGCUGGACCCCUCCAUCUCCGCCGCCGGGCCCUCGGCCUGGGAGCCCCGGGCCGCCACCAUGCCCAGCGAGGGCCCCCGGGCCCCCGCCCUGCUGCAGGAGGGCACGCUGGGACGCAAGCACGACCUGGAGGGGCCCGGGAAGAAGGCCUCCAACCGCUCCUGGAACAGCCUGUACUGUGUGCUGAAGCUGGGCCAGCUGUCCGUCUAUAAAGACUCUAAGAGCUUCGGCCACGCGGUCACCUUCCACGGGGAGGACCCCCUGGCCCUGGACGGCGCCGGCUGGGAGCCGCUCGCCAACUACAAGAAGAAGAAGCACGUCUUCAAACUGCGGCUGCGGGAUGGCGGUGAAUACCUCUUCCAGUGUAAAGACGAGGAGGAGCUCCAGCGCUGGGGCGCGGCCAUGAGCCAGGCCGCCCUGGCCCAGGAAGGGGCGGAGCCGGCCGACUCCUCGGGGGCCAAGGCACACAGCCUGCCCCCCCCGCCACCCUCCGCCACCCCGUCCGAACCCCCCAAGAAAGACAAGAAGGCAGAGAAGAAGUUCUUCUCCAAGAAGAAGUGAGAGGGAGAGAGAGAGAGAGAGAGAGAGAGAGAGAGAGGGAGGGAGGAAGAGAGAGGGAGAGAGAGAGGUGAAGAUGAGGAGGAGAUGCUUCCAUCGUUUCCAAGGCAACCUGGAGUCAGGAAGUAGGAUCUGCAAAAAUGGGACACGGCCAGAGAGUUUUAUCCUUAUACCGUUUAUUUGUAUUUAUAUUACCUUGUGAGGAUUGAAGUAGUUUAGAGUCACGAUGCUGCCUGUAUUAUCGCCUGUGUGUCGUUGCUAAGGUCCACCAUCGUUUGGAUUUUUUCUUUCUUUCUUUAUCUUUUUUUUUUACUAAACACAGAUUAAAGGACUCGACUAAAGCACAGGAACGCUCAACCAAAGAACCCAGAAGAAAAAAGAGAAGAUUCGUACGAUAACGUUAACCUUACUAACUCCCUCUCAACAUUUAUAGCAAGGUUUAGCGACUCCGCCCCGGCAUGUUUUGAGGUUUCUACAUUUACGACGACGAUGUGUUGGGCAUGCACCCCCCCCUGGAGAGCCUCCCCCCCCCCCGGGGUCAGACGCUGCCUCAUCAAAUGGUUGUGAACUGUAAUACUGAGGUGGGAACGUGAUGUGGGGGGGGGGGGGGGCUUACAUAUGCUAGUGACACACACAGGCCCCCCACGCUGUGACGGACAGAAGGAAGCGUUGUAAACGUUCUUUAAGGGUAGUGAGCAGGGAGACAGUGCGGUACUGUACACUGAGCACAAACACUGAGUACUAGCACGCACACACACACACACACACACACAGCCGUGCACUGUGACUGACGCGCUGUGAGAACUCGUCGAGAUACUCGCAGUGUACAUUAUGAAUUAUAUAACAGACGAAUGAAUAGUUCACAAUCAUACAACUUAUAAUGUAGUGGUCACACCAGAAUCAGGAUAUUUCUGUUUAGUUAGAAGAUUUGAGUACGGCUGUUAUUGGCAGCCUAUAUUUUUUCAACUGAACCGUUGCAAUAUUUAUUUCUCCGAACUUGAAGCAUAUCCAACACUUUUUGAAUUAAAAACCUGAAAAUUUAGAAUAUAUCCCAACAGAUGCAUGAGGUCAGGUGAUCUGUGUUAUUUUGAUAUGGUGCUAUGGUGAUCAAGAACAUCUAUCUGACCUGCCUUAUUCGUCUUCAACCUUGGCUUGUAAAUGCAUGUAAAAACGAUAAUGUUAACAUAUAUUGACAGGCGUCAUAUAAUUCUUCACGUAUGUUAAAUAUGUGCACCAUAUUUAGCCCCAGAUGCUACCUGUGGUUAGCGCCAAAUCAUGUCCAGGACAUUACUGGUUUGAUGAUCAGCAGAGAUUAGUCGAGAACAGGAACAGCCGACAGAUGAAGCAGACUUUGAGUGUUGAUCCGAUACACGCCGCCAAGCUAGUUAGCUUAAGUAGCUUAAUUUAGCAAGAGGGAGAGAAAAUAAAGGAAUGUGAUGUUUAUAUGAAUGUACGGAGAAGAAAAUCUGUUGAAGUGGAUCAGGGCAUUCAAAAGAAUACCAAGUGAAUAUAGGCCAGUAUUUAUCGUUAUUAUCUCAAGAAGUGGAACUACAUAACAAGAAGGUGUGUGCUGUAUAUGAAGCUGGUUAAUCUGUUAUUUUGGUUCUGUUUUUUGACUUCAGAAGUGUCAGAAAUAUACUGGACCUGUGUCGUCACUGACAGCUGAUAUAGGCCCUUAACACAACGACGGUGACCUCAUGUGUAUGGAAAUAUAGAGCUUAGCAGUAUAUCUCCAGACAAAACCAUGAAAAACCUCUCAAAUGUCCAAGAAACAGUUUUGAGUAGUAUUCAUUUCAUCACUUCUGCAUUAACUGUGUUUAUACUCAGCAUUACUACUGAAUGAUAUACUAUUUUGAACAUGUAUUCUUGGUGGUACAAAUGUCAUACACCGACUACAACUAUUCACACUUAAAGGCACCCAGUGCAACUUUAUGUAAACAUUCAAUGAAAAAUAAACAUUCAAUUUCUAGUCUUUUUUACACGUAGUAAGUUUCAAUAACUCCAUACCAUUACAUAUCGACAUUGAAGGAGCAAAGAUGAGACGUUGCUGUGUGGUGAGAACUGAUAGAAAAUCGUAAACAACAACAAUCGCCGGUGGGGAGAAGCCAUUUUUCCAUUGACUGGAAGCCUGCUUUAUUUAUUGUAGGUUACAAAAAAUAAAGAAAAUGGCGGCAUUGUUGUUGUUAUCGAUUUUCUAUCAGUUCUCACCACACAACGACAUCUCAUCUU